AUGACUGAUCCGGCCCCUGUUACCCAAGGAGGCAGCUCGACAGCCGCUGCGCCAUCCAGCACGCGGCCGAAUCCAUUAACGCCUUCCGGCAAGGCGGGAGUACGGAGCAAGUAUGCUCCCAAGGCCUGUCAGGAGUGUCGCCGACGCCGUGCAAAGUGUGACGGUGCAAAGCCAGCAUGCUCCCGAUGCAUUGGUCGCCAGUUACCAUGUGUCUACACCACCGAAGAUGACGGCCGGGGAACCGCCCCCAAGUCAUACGUGCGACUCUUACAGGCUCGCAUUGACCUCCUGGAAAAGAUCCUGUGGUUACAUUCUAUCGAUGUCGGCGCUUCUGCGGCCCAGUUGAUGCAGCAGAAUACUGUGCCGGCUACAACCACGUCUUUAGCUGCUGGCGGCUCAACUGCCGCCUUUGACCAACUCUGUGAUGCCUUUGAGGGCACUCUUUCUCUUGAUGAGUCGCAAAACUUCGAUCAGGAUGGACAGGCACGCUACUUUGGCCCGACCAGCGGCCGACUUGAUUUCAAGACGUGCAAUGAGCCAGGUAACUCUCCAAAAGAGUACUCCUCGCCAACUGCAGACAUCUACUCCCAAGCUCUAGGUAAUCAAAAUGGCAUCGACGAAGAGCUUGAAACUCAUCUCCUUGAGCAAUAUUUCACCUGGGAACAGCCAUGGUUACAAGUCGUUGACGAGGCUCUUUUUCGUGAAAGUAGGAAUAAUAAUGGGCGAUAUUUUACUCCCUUACUAUUAAACUGCAUAUUGGCCAGUGGCUCCCGCUUCUCUGAUCGAAUCGAGGUUCGUUCUGAUUCAAACGAUCCCAAUACGGCUGGACGUCCCUUCCUUGAGACGGCCGAAGUUCUUCUCUAUUUCGAUCUAAAGCGACCGAGCAUCACAACCAUUCAAUCACUAGCCGUAUUGGGCACCGUUUACCACGCCUUUGGACAGGACGCCGCAGGCUGGUUACACUCAGGCAUGGCAAACCGACUUGUUUUGGACAUGGGACUUAAUCUUGACCCAAGCUCGUUGGUUGCUUCAGGCCGCAUGACGAUAGAGGAGGCAGAGCUUCGGAGGAAAAUCUACUGGUCGUUAUACUGCGCCGAUAAGCUAGCAGCGAGCUACACAGGACGUGUCUGGGCCGUCGGUAUGCCAACGGUAUCAGCCCAGUCGCAGAAGCACGAUCCCCGACAUGUAUCGUAUUCUGUGCGACCAGAACUCCUGGUGACGCUCCAUAAAGGCUUGAUCAAAUUGUGUCAGGUUUUGGAAAAGAUUCUUCUAAACCUGUAUGCUCCAAAAAAGCUAUCUCUUGGUGACCAGCGAAGGGAUUUCUUCGACUCAUGCCUGCUGUGGUUGAAGAGCUGGUUAUAUGGCCUUCCCACAGAACUCAAACCUGUUCAAAAUGGAGCGCCUAAUCAGUUCCCUCAAGCGUACACUCUCUGUAUGGUCUAUCACACAGCUGUUAUCCUUCUCGCACGGCCAUACAUCCAAAGUCAAGGACUUGCAAACUCAGCCCCUGAUCCACUGGUGCAAAAGGCCACCGGUAUCCUUCUUGAGGCUGCACGGAACAUAUCACUUCUAGGUGACCAAUAUCGCCAAGUCUUUGGUAGCUUUCGGAGAAGUCCGAUCACGGCAACUUAUGCAAAUCUUUCGGCGGCGUUGGCUCUACUCAAUCCUCAAAACCAAUACAGGGCUCGACUCAAUCAGUCCGAUAAUGCAAACAUCAAAUCCUGCAUCCAAACAUUAAAAGAGCUUUCGACUGCUUGGACGCCCCCUGGUAAAUUUCACUGCAACAUUUUAAAGAUGAUACAAGACACAGCAGACCAGCAAGGGAUGGCAACCACUUCUGAUGCUUUGACAGAUCACCAUGAUGACAGUUUAAAUCCCACUUCUGAAGCAAGUCACUUGAUACAACCUGAAAAUGGGAUGUGGCCUGGCCCAUUGAUCGAAGAAGUGAGUUGGCCAUCGUGGAUGUCGACAAUAGGGGGUAACCCAAGUAUGGGAGAGUUUUCAGCGACGACAGAGUCACUGCCAUUUCAGUCGGGAAGCAAUACGUCGUGGGAACAGUUUGAUCUGGAUUGGUUUGGAUCUUCAUUGCCAUGGGAUUUUCCAUCUAGCUGA